AGGCAUCGAGCUCGGCAGCGGCGACUCCGUGAACGCGAGCGCCAACAACGCGCCGUCACCGUCGCGCCGCCCGUCGCGUUCCGCGCCCACCCGCUCGCGCACGCCAGCGCCGCGCGAGCGCCGCGCCGCCGCGCCCGCCCGCUCGGCGCGAUGUCGGCCAUGGAGGUCGAGGAGCCGAAGCCCGUGCCGCACACGACGGACCACGACCACAAGCCCUGGUGGCAGGGCCCGCACCUCGACGAGACGACGGGCCUGCCGCUGCCCGUCGAGGAGGUGCACCCCGUCGCGCGCGCGCCCAAGGUCGAGAACCCCUUACUCGACGAGGACGAGAUGGACCACUUCGUGCGCGACGGCAUGAAGACCUACGAGGAGCUCAGGAAGAUCCCCCUCGAGGAGCGCACCAAGUACAAGCACGGCGUGCCCGUCACGGAGAAGGACUGGCUCAUGCGGCUCACGUACGGCGGCGCGUCCGUCGACGAGGAAACGCUCGAAGCGAUCCGGGGCAUGGACUUCCUCAAGGACAGGCUCCCGUCCGAGGUCAAGGACCAGGUGAGCCCCGAGGUCGAGGCCCACUUCGCGGAGCAGCGGCGCAAGCACUGGCAGCAGUGCUGUGACGACAUCGACGAGCGCAUGAAGGCCUGGGAUUUGCUGGAGCAGGACCACGCGCGGAUCCGCCGCGAGCGCGAGGGCAUCGAGACGCCCUUCCCCGAGGGCGGCUCCUGGGACUGGGAGGUCUACCGCCGCGAGCGCUUCUACGAGAACGAGCGGCACCGCGAGGCGAAGGAGAAGGCCGAGGCCGCGGGCGAGCCCGCGCCGGAGCCCGAGCCCGCCGUCGCGUCGCCGAUCCUGCCCGAGGACUUCCUCGCCGAGGAGCUCGAGAGCGGCGCCGUCACGGAGGACCAGGUCGAGUCCGAGCGCGACCUCGCGAAGCGCUGCGCGCGGCUCGACACCAUGGCCAUCAUCCUCGACAUCGAGGCCGCCGCGCACGCGGCCGCGGAGGCGGGCCGCGUCGCGGGCAAGGACCUGCCCUUCCCCUUCAGCGGCCGCGCCAUGCCGGACGACUUCCCGCGGGACGCGUCCUUCCCCUACGACCCGACGGGCCAGCGGCCCGCGGGCUACUACAGCGACGACGAGCUCGACGCGUCGCCCGACGGGCCGCCCGACGGCCGGCCCGACGGCGACGGCGCGCCCGAGCCCAAGCCCGACUUCAUGGGCGCGUCCGCGGGCGCCAUCACGCGCGCCGUCGACACGACCAUCGCGGAGCUCGAGCGCGCGCGCGAGCCCGACGCGGACGACGCGAAGAAGCCGUCGACGAAGCGUAAGAAGUAGAGAACUCCGCG